GCGGCUUUCGGCGUCAACCUGCAACUGCAAGUGGCCUUGAGUCUGAAGUUUGCAAGAUCGUUCUGUGUAGGAAAAUUUUUUGGCGCUCGACCUCGUAAAGAUGCCAUUGGCACAACAGCUGCGAAAGCCGCGCAGUCUAGAUUUGCGCGCUAGAUCGCAACAGAUGCCCGAACGUGUAACCGAAUUCGACUGAUAAGAUACCGUUCGCGGUGUUCCGCGUCGAAUGCUUCGUCCCCUAGGGAAGACGUUCCAUUCACAUACUCCCUCCUAUUAAUAUCGAGCCCUUCCUCGGAAGAGAAGCUUGGCACUAAAUAGGCCCGUCGACAGUUUCGGAAUACUGAUCUGGGCAACAUUCCAGUCCAUAAGUUUGAAAGUUAUACUUUUGUCUCAUAUCGAAAUCGAAAAUCAUCUUGCACAAAAACACGUUUGAUGUAUUUUUUCUUUUGUCGACGUGACAAGCUUUUCCAAGCAGAGCGCGACCGUCGUCUGGGCAACGGGCAGCCCUGAUGCCGUGCAUUGGGCUCAUACGACCGGACUUGUAUGACAACACGGAGGAAGACCUCUUGAAAACGCGAGUCUGCAUCUCAAACGAGGACUUUCGCGAGUCGAUUUGAGCGUUGGGGCAGGGAACGAAGCACGUGAGCCAGUCGGGAAUAGACCUUGACAUCAAUGAUGUGGCUUUCGCACAACUUUCUGUGAAGCGAGAACAUUGAGACUGGUCACACUAUACGAGCGCUUGAGGAGGACGGUUGCAACCACGGCGUGGUCUGAUCUACAUAGACACGUAGAGUCGUCACCCUCAGAGGACGGCAAGGCCCGGACGGGGCAGGGACGCCGGCAAGCGUUUUGCGGUCUACAGCUAUUGCCGAAUACAUCGAGGUUCACCCUGAAACGGCAGUACACCUCGAAAGAUCGGAGUUAGAAACUAUUUAGGCAGAUUCUGUGUGGUACAGCUUUCCUGGUUCUGCAACCUGAACUGCCACUAGGGCCAUCAUGCGGAGCGUAGCGGCAGCACGAACUAGCGGGGGCGGGGGCCCGGCUGGUCGGGGCCAGGCGGCCUCAGCGCUGUCCGAAAUGUUAAGGUUUCCCCUAAGUAAUCCAUGUUCGGUAGCAUCUUAGAGACGUUUUCAAGGGGAGAACAGUCUCAGGAUGGACUUUGAGAUGGAGUGGGGUGAGCUCUAAAGAUGGCUGGUUGCACGACAUGCAAAGACCGGGAGACCCAGAGCCGCCAUCUCCAGAGUCGAAUUACCGAAAUUACGACUCAUUUGCGGGAAACGCAAGAUCAGACAGCGCACCUGAGCGACGAGAUAUCAGAAUUGUAAUUCUUGACUAAGUAAUCUUUUUUUUUACAGAACUUUCGCUGUUAGUUUACUUCUUACUGCUCUAUCUGUGCUUCAUUGAGAGUAGAUCUUAAAGAACUUGGUCCGAUGUCAAUGCCUGGCUGUGGAAGAACAGACUGUCACUAGCAAUUGUAGCCCAUAACAAUUUUUUCAAAGGCUAUUGUCAGGCAUGUUUUCCAUGUUUUCACUUUUUCUAGGUUCCAUGUAGAGGAUCCAUAAGAACCUAACCUAACCAGGCUUGGCUCAGGUUUCGCCGGUACAUGAAAUACAAAAUGGGAUCAGCGCAUGAUGUUGAUCUGUUGACGGAAGAUUUAAAGGAAAUAUCGCAAAUCUGGCAAAGACAUAAGGAACGAAUUUUGUCUGAGACGGGAUCGCCGGUACCUAAAUCAGAUCUGUAUUACAAACUUUGUCUUUGCAGUAUCACCGCUGCUUAGAUAAAAAGUGUAGGUCCAGUAAAGCAGCGUUCUACGUGUAGCGUGGGUUUUUCUUCCCCAUUUCAUUCCCAGGCGGAUGGAGGUCGGUCUCCGCGGGGCGGCGCGCAGCGAGGAGCGUUCUUUGCAGCCCGGCAGGAAUCGAAUGCUCGUCUCGGGUUGCCGCUUGAUGGAGGAAAGGAUAACUUUCGAGAAACGCAGCGUUCUGAACUCCACGACACAGGAAUGCUCGAGGAGAGCAUAUUCUACGGUACGAAUGGAACGCUUGCAACUUAUGACUUCUGGCUGGAGCACUGUUCUCUAUCUACUUUUGCUGUUGACUAUUAUAACUUCUGUAUUUUAAGAUCUAGAAGAAGGAGAUGAUGAACCUAAUUUGUUUUUGUUAAGAAUGACUUGCUCGUUGAGAGGUUUCUCUUAAGAUAAGGCUGUUUGAGAAAUAUUUGGAAUAGACACGUAGCAAACUAGUGAUGCAUGAGAGUAGAGUACUGAACUUCAAAGCAAGAACCUAUUCGACUCGCUCCUUUCAUCGUUGCAGUAGCAGUCUUGCAGAACAGGCUAGCGGAGAAGCUAAGAAGGAGUACGAAGACAGGGUGCGGGAGCUGUUGUUUGCGCUGGGAGCGCAUAAGAUGCGCUGUGGGAUGCUUUUGUCACGGACUAAUAGGAUGCGGGAGAAGCAGACAAACAUGGAACAAGAAACGGCGCAGCUACGGCAAAAGCUGCAGAAGCAGGGUGGAGGCCGGCGGAGGCGGAGCUCGGGGAACGAAGACGGCGCGGGAAGAAAGGGCUCGGCUGGAGCAGGUGGCGAAAGUAACGGGGAGGACGACGAGGACUCCGCACAGGUGGACGCAGGUAAAAGUCCGCGGAAGGGUCGCGACGAAGGCAAGCAGCGGAAAAUAGACCGAGUGGUGAAGAAGCUAGAAGAGGUAGACGGGCAACAGGCACUGGUGAAACGGAAACUUGCAGAGGAAAUGAAGGCGAGAAUAACCGCGGAAGAAGAGGUGGGGCCUUUUUUCUGUCUAGAAGAGUUUCAUGGUUAUGCUAGACAGAGCACCUCUUUGUGAGCACAUUCACUUCGUUUGACGUUUUUCUCACGUCGUCAUCGACUGCUUCCCUAGAAUUUUGUCGUACACAUGACGAUUCCCCCGAUUGCUAUCUUGAACAACAAAUCAUGAUUCCAGGCUUCGCGGCUACGAAACUUACUUGAUCGGCUGAGGAAAAGCAACAAAAUCCAGCGCUUACCGGAGAUUCAAGAAGCAAACAGGCUAAUGGAUUACAAACGACUGGACACUCGAGGAGGCAGCACCGACAUGCUUCAGUCUUCGGUAGAGUCAAUGGGAUCACCCACAGCUGGCGGUGGCAGUUCAAUUAGUAUGCAUGGAAACGUAGUAGAUUGAAAAACAUAUAAAAAACAAGUACCAAGUAUAUUCAAAGCACUGAAUAUGAAUGACGGAUCUUGAAUUUUCAUAGUCUAAGACGAGCAUGAUUUUGUUUUUCCAGGAACGAGAUUCACGUUUAUUCUCCAGUAUCCUGAUUGGUUAAAGAAUAAUGGAGUUCCCGUGAAUUUCCGCCUUCUCUCCUGUUCAAAAUCGGCUCGAAAGCGCCGUUGGUGGAUCGCAAGUACAAGACGCGGGAAAGGGAACACGUCCGCGUAUUGCUGAAGGGCAUGCCCACUGGCCCUGGCGCAGUCCAUAGUCGUGAAGUCGCCUACGCGGAUGCUGAAAAAGCCUUCAGUACGAAAUUUGUUUCUCUAAAGCGUCUGCAAGCUAGAAGGGGCUUCAAAAAUUAGAAGUGAUCCACAAGGGGAACCCAGAAGCUAAAGGGAUGCGUAAAUAGGAACGUUGCUCCUGAUAAGAUAUGAUAUUUUUGGAAAAGCACAUUUUUCUCUCACGUGAAAGGUAAAUGUCCGGUAGAAAAGUUACGGAAAAAGCGGGAGGCCGAAAGGCAGGAAGAAGAGAAGAUCGAGGAGAUGAGACGCUUGAGGGCCGCUUCGAUCAGAAACAAGAGUCAUCACAGCCGGUCACCUGUCAAUCCACGCCAAGAGCCGUAUCUUGCUCGUAUGCACGGAGGUGCGGAGUCAAGGGAGAGUUUUUUCCCCGGGCGAACAGGCUCUCCCAGUGAAGGAAGGAUCCUACUCACCUAG